CGUCAUCGUGAGUUUUUGGCGGCGUGCUCUAACAGCGCGGCUGUGCCGUUUCCUCAAAUGCUCUCUAGCUGUCAGCGGUGGCCGCGCGCGUUUCGUGUCGGCGCGCAUCUCGCUAGCACGGCAUCAAGGAAGAACUUUCGAGCAGUAGCGCAAAUAGUGUCAGUAUCAGUAGCAGUAACUUUUGCUGGCAGAGAUAUCGAAGGCAAAGAAACAGCCACAGCAGCCGCAGAAAGUGACAGAAAGUUGGCAACUUUGAAAACACCACUGCCAAUAGCAAUAAAAACGACAACAAUAACGGAAGCAACGACGACAACAACAACAACAACAGAACCAGCAAUAACAAUAGCGAUAACAAGACAAAAUCAUCGAUUUCUCGAUUUUGUUUAGAAAUGCUCAAAAUGUAAGAUGCACGAGAUAGACUACCGCUGUUGGUAACAACAUCGAUAACAGAACGAACGUGAUGAUGACGACCUGAUGACGCCGCAACGGCUGACAAGUUGCUGCGGGCAAAUGGUCUAAUUGUGUGUGAUGGAACCGAUGAACGGUAAUCCGCUGCUGUUGCUGUCAUCAUCAUCAUCAUCUUCGUCGUUGUCGUCGUCGUCGUCGUUGUCGCUGCUGAAAGAGAUUGAUUAGUAAUUGAUGCUGGUGAUUGAUUCGAGUUCGUGCCGGUAGGGAGGGCUGUCCGUGGUGAUGGCAAGCGAUGACAAGUGUGCAAGCCGCAUAAGUGCGCGGCAUUUAGCUAAAUUCAACUAGUAAUAAUAAAUCGUGAUGACUGGUGGUAGAUAGUGGCAGACAACUUUCCCACUUCGUCGUUUACCUAUAUCAUCAGACAAAGCGACCUUGCAAUAAAGUAUAACGACGAUUUGUUGCAAUCAUAAGCUCAAACCAUUCAUCUUCAGGCAACAAAAACCGAACUAUAAGGACGAGAGAGGAUUCGUUAGAAGUGAGCAAAACACCAAAUAAGUUAAAAGGUCUACAGUGGUGGAUACAUACCUGUUAGCAUCCUACAACUUGAUAAAAUAGUUCCUGCCUGGCCCGAAUUGCCUAUCUUGAAAAGGUCACUGCUGUCCUAUCGUUAAGCUAUUUCAUUUCUUAGCGUUCUAGCCGUGUAGAUUGCGGUUUUGUUCUUCUAUAGUGUGCCGGUGGUGCUUAAUGUGUCAAAUGUGCCGCCUCUAAGAGCAUUUCGGAUACGGGCCUUCGCGCUUGGCCCCUGUAUGACAAACAAACUCCCAGCCCCCGGAUACUAAUUUCUAGUUCAUUAUUGCACUAGCGAAUUACCUUCUACAGUACCGACCUCACCUCUGGAACGUCGCAGUCACAGCUUCCUAUUGCCAACGUACGGUCUACACUGUGCAUCGUUUUAUUUAGGCUGUAGACAUUGAGCGCGCGUCAUAACUGUGAAGGUACACCUAAUAAAAGCCAUCAACGAUAGCGAGAGUUGAAAUGCAGUAACAUUGUCAAAGGCAGAUAUCUAGGUAGAGCGUUUUUGUGGAUCUAUCUCAUGUUUGAGUUUCGGCUAGAUCAUCAGGAACAUUACUCAUUUUUAAAUUAACAACGACAACCGGAGAUACAAUCACCAGUCCGGAGUACUCGGUCUAUCUCAUUUUCUUUUCACCGAUCAUUUAUCAACUUGAUUAUUAAGAAAGACCAAAAAAAAAAAAAUGGUUCUAGAAGAUGUUAGUAUGACGGCCAUUUGGGUCGCUUUUAUUUUAGCCGUUAUCACGGUCUUCACAGUUGUUGGUAACGCUCUCGUUAUUAUGUCCAUUUUCACACACCGCCCACUUCGUUCGGUACAAAAUGUGUUUCUUGUCUCGUUAGCUGUGGCCGACCUUACUGUCGCUGUGUUCGUGAUGCCAUUCAACAUCCACUACCACCUAAAUAAACAAGUUUGGAUCUUCGGCGCGGUGGCCUGCGAGGCCUGGGUCACCUGUGAUGUGCUAUGUUGUACCGCAAGUAUAUUAAAUUUAUGCGCUAUUGCGUUGGAUCGGUACUGGGCGAUUCACGACCCAUUGAACUAUGUCCAUAAACGCACUUUACGGCGGGUGACGAGUCAAAUAAUAUUUGUAUGGCUCAUUUCAGCGAUUAUUUCGGUUCCACCCCUUGUCGGAUGGAACGAUUGGAGUUUUUCAGGGGGAAACGGCCCCUGUGAACUGUCGGCCAAUAAAGGCUACGUUGUAUAUUCAGCUUCCGGCUCAUUCUACAUUCCGCUCGUCAUCAUGAGUAUCGUCUACCUCAAGAUUUAUUUAGCAACGCGAAAACGGCUCCGAGAAAGAGCCAACGCAGCAGCUAAGGUACCACUUCCAAGCCGACCGGUGGCCACAAUCGCUGAACGUGAAGAUUCGGUGGCUAAAAAUCAUCACAACGAUAGCAGAAGAAAUUCGCUGACUGAGGCGGUGGCUGCGAUCGAGCUAUCGGACUCAGCGGCGCCGUCAGCAGCCGCGGCCCCUAUCAAACUGACGGCCUGCUGGGAGGAACGGCAACGAAUUUCGCUGUCACGAGAACGCCGUGCGGCGAGAAUCCUUGGCAUUGUUAUGGGUGUCUUUGUUCUCUGCUGGCUUCCCUUCUUCCUAAUGUAUAUCAUCAUGCCAUUUUGUGGAAACUGUACCCUGUCGGCGGAAUGGGCCAACUUCAUCACGUGGCUUGGCUAUAUUAACUCGUCGCUCAAUCCAGUUAUCUAUACGAUUUUCAAUAAGGACUAUCGAAAAGCGUUCAAAAAUUUGCUCAGUGGCAAAGUGUGCUGGAAAAAAUUAGCAGGUUCAGCGUUCGUCUGAUGCAUCCCUAAUCUCAA